UCGAACCAGCAGAUUUUUUAUUCUUUCCUGAUCAUCUCGAACCAACAGAUUUUCCAUUUUGAUUUUUAGAUAAUACUGGGCUAAGUUCCGUGAAGCUACGAAUCACCUGAUUUUUCGUUUUCUGUCUGCAGCUAUUGAGAGAGAUUUUUCAAAGGUGUAGGGGCACACUGGCAUUGGCUGAGCCCAAGCUUUAGGCUCACGUGGAAUUUCAACCUCGACGACGCCAACAAAAUGUCUGACCAUGAGCUUGACUAUGAGCUUGAGAUGGAUGAUAUUGAUGAUGAUGAUGAUGAUGUUAUGGAUGAUGCUGCUGAGUUUGAUAUUCCUCAGAAUGCUGAAUUAAACGAUGAUCAAGUGCCUGAAAUUGAAACUAAGAUUGAGUCGAAAAAGAUUGUUGGUAGUAUUAGUAAUAAGAGGGCUGCUUGUUGGAAACAUUUUUACUUUAUUACCCCAGAAAAUCAUCCGAAACCUAGGGCUGCAUGCAAAUGGUGUCGAAAGGAUUAUGCAUGUCAUUCGAAGCUCAAUGGUACAAAAUCACUUACUCAUCAUCUAAAGUUUCAGUGUUUGAAUUAUCCCAUGAGCAAGAAAUUCACGGGUAGUAGGCAAAAACAACUUAGUUUUCAAAAAAAGGAACACAAUGGCGAAACAAGUGCAGACCUUGUGCCUAUGACCUUCAGUGUUGACGCAUGUAAAAGAGCACUAGCGAAAAAGAUAAUAAUUGAUGAAUUGCCAUUUUCAUUUGUUGAGGGUGAAGGAUUCAAACAGUUUAUUGAAGUUGUUCAACCAAUGUGGAAGCCUCCUGGUAGGCUUGUGAUGGCCAAGAACUGCAUGCUUAUUUAUGGGGAGGAGAAAAUGGCAUUGAAACAAAUAGUUAAGCAUCAAAGGUUGUGUCUUACAACGGACACUUGGACUUCAGUCCAAAAUUUGAAUUACAUGUGUCUUACGGGACAUUUUAUUGAUGACAAUUGGAAAUAUCAAAAGAAAAUUCUGAAUUUUUGCGUAGUUCCUAAUCACAAGGGUGAUACUCUUGGUAGGAUGGUUGAACAAUGCUUGUUGGAUUGGGGGAUUGAUAAGUUUUUAACUGUUACGGUUGAUAAUGCAUCAUCGAAUAGUCUUUUGAUUGCUUACUUGGAGAGAAAGACCAAACAUAGGAAGACCACAAUUUUAAAUCACGAGUUCUUGCAUGUGAGAUGUUCAGCACAUAUCUUGAAUCUAAUCGUACGUGAGGGAUUGCAAGAGAUUGAUGACCCAAUUGGAAGGGUGCGAAAUAUUGUAAGAUAUGUGAGGUCUUCCCCUUCUAGAAUGGCAGAGUUUUGGUCUUGUGUUGAAAAGGAGGGCAUUACAUGUAGACUUAAACCUUGUUUGGAUGUGUCUACUCGUUGGAACUAUACAUAUUUUAUGUUGGAGAGGGCUUUAACUUAUCAAAAGGCUUUUGAUCGUUUAUGUGAUGACCCGUCCUUCAAAUUAAAUGUAAGAGAGGAAGAGAUUGAUGAGGCGUUUGAUGAUGUUGAUGGUUUUGAGGGUAUGGGUAGAAUAAUUGAAAUUGAGAAAAGAAAGAAAAAGAGAGGGAGAGGGCGGAAGGAAAAUGUUGGGGCUCCAACUUCAAGUGAUUGGGGAAAAAUCAAGUUGUAUGUAAAGUUUCUUCGAGUGUUUUACCUUGCAACUUUGAAAUUUUCGGGUUCUUUGUAUGUUACUUGCAAUGUUUUUUUUGAUGAAAUGGUGUUGAUUCAACAAGAUAUUGUGAAGUUGUGUGAAACCGAUGAUAGUGAAUUGCGUGAUAUGGCACUUGGUAUGCGUGAGAAGUUUGAUAAGUAUUGGGGAGAUUUUGAUAAGAUUAAUCAAAUGUUGAUGUUUGCGGUUGUUCUUGACCCUCGUUGCAAAAUUGGGUUUUUUGAAUAUUGCUUUCGAAAUACUUUGGGAUAUGAUAAGACGGUGGUUGGUGAGUUGACGGAUAAUAUAACAAAUGGAAUUACCCGUUUAUUUGAAUGGUAUGUGAAGAAUAAUGCAAACUCGAAUGUGCGUAGUCAAGAGGUUGGGGGAUCAUCGGACAAAGGAGAUUUGGAUGGAGUUGAAAUGGAGAUUGGUAGUCAUAAAUCUUUGAAAUCUCAAUUUAAGAUGCACAUGCAAAAGGAAACUAACAUGGCAUGCAAAUCAAAUUGGAAAAGUAUCUUGCGGAAGCAAGUGAGGAUGAUAGUGACAAAUUUGAUGUUUUGCGUUGGUGGAAGUUAAACUCCUCUAAGUAUCCAAUUGUUUCUCAAAUGGCACGAGAUGUGCUAGCUAUCCCUGUGUCCACGGUUGCUUCCGAAUCCGCUUUUAGCACGGGCGGACGUGUGAUUGAUCCUUAUCGAAGUUCUCUCUCUCCGAAGACCGUGGAAGCUCUUAUUUGUACGCAACAAUGGAUAAGGAAACCAACUAAAAUCAAUAUAAAAGAACAACUUGAUGAGUUGGAGCAAUUAGAUUCGGUUGUCUUGGAAUCAAUUGAUAACGAUUAAGGAGUUGGUGGCAACCGUUGCAUGCUGCAAUUGUUUUUUCAUGGUUGAGGGCUAGAUUGUUGGCAACUUGGCGUAUUUUGAAGUAUGGUGGUGCAGUUUUCAAGCUGGGGAUGGUUCUAUAUUCUGCUGGUUCUGCAUUUCGUAGCAUUUUGUGAUAAUAAUGACUGGGAUUUUCAUGGGAUUUUGUUGACAUUAGUGUUUUGAAUUUGGUAGAUUUUAACUUGAACUUGGAAGUAUGGUGGUGUUGUUUUCUGACGGACACUUUAACUGUAUUCUGCUAGAUUGUUGGUAUUUUGUGUUUUUGUGAUGGCUGUUUCUGUUUUUUGAAAUUUGGGAUGGCUGCUUCUGAUGUUGCAAAAACUCAUAUAACAGUGGUGCUAAGGAUCGCAAAGUUAGGAUUCUGGGUGUAAUUUUUUAUUUUUGAUGCAAGUAUGCUACUGCUAUUGUAUUGCGAAAGUUAAGUAGUUGGUUUCAAACUAUAUUCACUCUCCAUUGGGUUAUUUGUUCAAAGGUUGUAAAGAUUCAGUGUUCAGCUCUUGAAUAAAUCGUGAGGCAUAGAGACAGAAGAUGAUUUGGCCUCAUAGCUGUCAUUAGAGCUCCAAAGAUGGCAGCUUGAAAUUGUGCACUGUAUCGUAUUGCGAUUGUGCUUUCACAAGAAUAUUUUGGUGAAUGGAUGUUUUGAGAGUAAUA